AUGAGAUAUAUCUCAGUAACUUAUGAUAUUCCCUCUGUAAAUGUUCUUAAUGCGGGUGUCAGAACAGUGGACGUCCAGGCUGUGGAAGGCAUGGUGGCGCAAUUUCCCUGUGAUCUGGGUACAGCCGCUAACGAUAAGGUGUACAUGGUGUUCUGGUUUAGGGAUGAUGCCGGGAUACCCUUAUACAGGUGUUCGGUUGAAGGAAAUAGGCUCGUCGUCGUGGUCGACGACGACGAAUGGUCGUUAAAUACAUCCGUCCAACCAUUCGUAGGUGAAGACGUGCACAAUAAGGCCGUGUGCCCUGGCCUGGCGACCUCGGACGCACAACUUUUCGUAUUAAUUAAAAACGAGGCGUACCAACGCGUCAUCACCUCUGGAAAAUCGCGGCUAACCGUCCCGUCCCUAUCGCUUCUCACAUCUACAAAAGGUCCUGCUAAACUUUAA